AUGGCUUUGAGCAUGGACUUCUGGUCGAGCCUAGCGGCCGAAGUGGUCGACAUUCUAUCACCGGACACAAUCAACAGCCCCAGCUCUCCCACCCCGACUUCUUCCACACCUCUGUCCACUCCAUCAGGCACCGCCAGCGCACCUUUCCCGUUGCUCGAUCUGCCCGCGGAACUUCGCACUCGCAUAUAUACCCACGCACUUCGCCACGAGGAGAAUGCCGGCGUUAUCGCGCCACCAUAUAGUGUUCUGGGCAAACCACCAACACAUCAUCCCGCUAAGGAAGCACAACUACUGCGGGUUGCUGCCGAGCGAGCAUUGGUGAAUGCGACUUGUUUGGACGCGCGGAUCUCGAACAAAGUCGACUUUCCGAAGCUGGUUUUGGGUAUAUCUGCCAAAGAACUACGCAAGGCAUGGGCCACGUUGGAGAAGAGUACCGAUAUGUGCUUAUACCGCAACGGUAACGGCGCUAUGCGGCUUUUUGAUGGACAUGUCUGCACCUUGAAGUGCCUUAUUCAACCGAAUUUGACCAAGGUCAGCAAAGCCGUUCGCCAGGAGACUCUACCGAUCUUUUACUCCUGCAACCGCUUCGAGAUCAGAGGUCUUGGUGGCACACGUAUCGAGGGACAUGAUGUGUACUGGGCUUCUGAUGCCGGUGACUAUGCGAGGCGCUGGUGGCGCAGCCUGGCCGAUAACAAUCUUCGCAGCAUCAAGCACUUGUACCUGAGCACGUCCGAAGCAGAUUAG